AUGCCCCAAUCCGAUAGCUUAGCUGCAUUGCCCAUUUUUCAAGCAUCGCUUUCAGCGAGGCAAACCCCACGUUAUAUCUUCAGUUCCCACAAUGGAACAAGAUUGGUUGUCAUUCAAGAUAAUAUAAUAAGAUGGUGCAGUUCGCUCACCGAUCCAUCCUACCAAAGCUUGAGCUUUAGCCGUCACUUGGUUUUGGACGACACCUUUCAUGUUAUAUCUUGUGCGUCUGGCGAUUUGCUCUGUUUCUAUAACGGUCAAGAGAUCUUUGUAAUGGAAAUUCCCUGGGGCUAUUCAAAUGUAGAGGACGUUUCCAUUCAAGACGCAUUCCAAGUAUUUCACUACUCUAUUAAUGAAUCGGAACUUGGUUCAAAUUCUUUGAUCAAGAAAGUCCUAUUUCAUCCGAAGAGUUACAAUGAUUCCUGUAUAGUGGUUCUAAAAAAGGAUGAUACCAUUACAAUGUUCGAUAUUCUCAAUCAACAUAAGAGGCCGAUUGUUCUGAACAAAUGCAAUAGCUCAUUUGGUUUAGAUGCACGCGUAAACGACAUCACGGAUUUGGCAUUCAGUAAAGAUGGGUUGACAUUGUACUGUUUAAACACUACAGAAGGUGGCGAUAUCUUUGCACUUUACCCAUUUUUACCUUCAGUACUAUCUUUGAGUGAGAAAGAUUUGGGUUGGAUCUUAAAUAAAUCAUUAGUGAUGUACGAGUCUUUGAAUUCCACGACAGAUUAUAAAGUGAAAAGAAAUAUCACUAAACAAUUGCAAUUUGUUUCCAAACUACACAAAAAUUGGGAUUCCAAACUUGCUAAAGUCCAAAUUGAUGAUGAAUAUCGUUUGGUGAAGAUGCAAGGGCCCUUUACCAUAAACCCCUUUCCUAACGAGUUGUAUGAUUAUACAGCAUCAAAGAUCACAACCAUACCGAUUGACAAUGAGCAGAAUGAAAUUAUUUGUGUCAGUUUUGAUGACGGGUCUCUUAUUUUGUUAUUUCAAGAUUUAGAGAUGUCAAUGUCAUGGGAUGUGGACAACUACGUCUAUAAUAAUUCGUUGAUUUUGAUUGAACGAACAAAAUUACAGCAAAAGGAGAUGAAGUGUCUAACAACAUUACCAGAUCAAUUGGGGAAAUUAUACGUGACUUUCAAAAGCUCUGUACAUCAACUGGACUGUACAAGCUGGACUUCCGUAUUGAGUAAAUGUAUCGAUGAAUCCGAUUUAAAUGCACUUGCAGAUGUGAAGUUUGUAAGUAAUUUUGAAGAUAUCGCAACCAUUGAACAACUCUCAAACUUCGCUUAUAUCAACUGGAAUAACAAGUCCAGUUUGGCUUUGAUAUCAAAAGAAAAGUUAACUAUUCAAAACAUAUCAAGUCACAAGGAAGAGCAAAGUCUCAACGACUCUGCCGCACUUGGUACAAACGAGUACUCGGACAAGAGUGAUACAGGAAAACGCGGUUAUGAGAUAAGUUUUACCCAACCCAUCAACGAAAUUCUUUCGUUAAAUGAAAGUUUUCAAAAAGUUUGUCUAAGCCCAUGUGAAAGAAUCAUCCCUCCAGCAGAUCGUCAAUUACCUUUGAAAAAUGAAGCUAAUGAGAACCAGCUAGAAAUCUUUACCGAUAUUUCCAAGGAAUUUUUACAAAAAAUUAUCAAAGCCCAAUCCUUGGGUGUCUCUAUACACAACAGAAUACAUGAGCAACAGUUUGAACUAACUCGCCAGUUACAAUCUACGUCCAAGAUAAUCGCUAAGGAUGAAGUUUUACGGAAGAAACUUGAAGCACAAACUAAAAAAUGGGACUCUCAAAGUAGCAGGCAAGCAAAACUAAUGGUUAGAUUUAGCAAAUUAACCCAAAACCUUUCCAAGAUUGCCGAAUCCGAUAAAUUCAAGGAACAGAAUAUAAGCCACGGUGAAAUGGAGUGGUUCAAAGAAAUACGUAAUCAAAUACUGCAGUUUAACGGUUUUGUUCACUCUCAAAAAUCUCUACAGCAAGAUCUAUCAUAUUUGAAGAGGGAACUGAUUCGUAUCGAGUCUGAAACCGCCAGUGCUGAUAAAAAGAGCCAAAACGAAUGGGACGAACUGCGCAAGAUGCUGGAAGUAGAUUCAAAAAUCAUCAAAGAAUGUAACGAAGAACUGGUGCAUGUAUCCCAACAACUCACCACUAAGACACAAUGA